CGCUCUCCUAAAAUUUUUUAAAAUUAAUAUUUGAAGUUGAACAACUUUGGAAUUUAUUUGGGAGGUCUUUUGAAAUUGUGUUUUGGAAUAAAUACAAGUCAGCCUAAAAACAAAAAAGAAAAAAUUUUUCAACUCGCCUUCUCUCCCUUCACUUUUGGCAAUAAUUGUAGGAUCAAUAAAUUCAGCUCUACGUCCAGUCAAUAAACCAAUUAUUUUUUGAAUAUUUGUGGUUGCUUGAGAAAAACAAAAACAUGUUUGUUCGAAUUAACCGUGUUGCAAGUUUCUUUUCUUCUCUACUCAACAACAAUUCUUCCCAACAUUGUUGUUCUGGUCAUCCAAACAUUUUAAUUCAACCAAAUGUUUGUUCAAUUCAACAAAAAGCUAAUUUAACUUCCAAAUGGUUCUUAAAACUUCAUUGUCGUUAUUGUUUCUUUACUCGACGAAAUGGGCGGUGGAUGGUUGAUUGUACUCGUUUUUCAAACCACAAAAGUAUUCAGAGAGGAUUUAAUCCAAAACUUUAUUGGUAG